GCGAAACAAACCCGAUCCUUUUGUCAGGCUUUAAAUGUACUGGAUCAGGAGGGAAGGCGACCCAAUUGAAGGCGAAGGAAAUGGCGGUGGCGGCUGACGUUCCCGCGCGCAACCGGGCCGUCGUCUUCGCGCUAUGCAGACGCUUCUCCCUCGACCCUGCUGGAUUCCUUGCAGUGGCAAACUUGGAAGAGAAAAGCAUAAAGAGCUUGUACUUGCAUUUGCUACAAUUUGGAUCAAAAGAGGCUCCUAGCGAUCAUGGUGAUGGGGUAACAGAAUGGAUAACAUUUGCAGACACUUUUCCGAUUGAUGCUACAGCACAAAUCAAGGCAUUGCAGGAGUUGGAUGGAAAACUGAGUCAGGGGUCCAUUCUUUUGGGCAAUGGACUCGAGCCUUCAGAAGCAGAUACUGUAGUCUUUUCAGUCGUAGUUCCUAUAAUAUCUGGUUUGUCUAGCACGGAGAAAGAGAGAAUCCCAAAUUUGAUGAGGUGGAUGGACUACAUUCAGCACAAGGAAGAUUUCGGUGGAGCAUUCCCAACUAUUCAAUUGGAGAAGCCUCGGUUUGAGCCUCGUUGCAUUCCAAAAAAGAAUGCUCGCGAGAAGGUGGCAGAAGAGAAGAAGAAACAACCGGAGAAGGAGAAAGUUGAAAAAGAAAUUGAAGUUAGUGUUUCAGUACUUAAUAUUCAGGUUGGUGUCAUCCGUAAAGCUUGGAAGCAUCCAUCUGCUGACAGCUUGCUAGUUGAGGAGAUAGAUGUGGGAGAGGACGCUACUCGGCAGGUUGUCAGUGGUCUUGCCAAAUUUUAUAAUGCUGAUGAGUUGCUGAAUCGGCGUGUAGUAUUGAUCACCAAUGUGAAGCCUGGGAAAUUGAGAGACGUCCUUUCAGCUGGACUGGUCCUUUGUGCAUCUAAUGCAGAUCAUACUACCGUGGAGCCUUUGGUACCUCCUGAGGGGACUAAGAUUGGAGAACGUGUUACAUUUGCAGGGUUUGAUGGGAAGCCAGAAGAUGUUCUAAAUCCCAAGAAAAAACAAUUUGAGAAAAUUUCAACGGAAUGCCCAUUGCUGACAAAGCACUGCGUACAAAAGACAGCAGCUUUGCUCUUAAGUCAUUUUCCCACUUCUCUCGGUAGGGACGGACUUCCAAAUGGGCUGUCAUUUUUUGGGGUUGGAUAUCUUCCCAGAAAAAAAGAUGGUAUUUUUGGAUCUUUACACUGACGAGAAUGGUGUUGCAACAUACAGAGGGGUCCCCUUCAUGACGUCUGCUGGGCCUUGUACAUCCUCUCUUGUCAAGGUUGGCAUAAAGUGAUGAUGCUGAUUUUUGAGAUGAGUGAAACAAGAUGGCGACGACUAUUUUUCUGAUCAUCUUUGUCGAUUUUUGUUGUUUAUGGGCUUUUGACGCAAUCUAGAUCCAUACUUAUCUCUCCUGCCUGGACUAGCACAUUUGUGGAUCUCAUGUCUGUGCGGUCACGUUUGUGGAAGAAAUAGAAAGGCAUGUAUCUUAGAAUUGUAUUACUUUGUUAAGAUGGUGAAGGUAGCCAUGGUAGUUUUUUGCUUCCAAGUUUUUAUGGCAAAUUCCAGCAUCAGAUGACUUUAUCUGGAAGUAUUGUGUAGUUCCCCAUUUCAGUGGUCGUCAUCAGUUAAGCGAACAUGUGUCUACCUUCUGGUCUCCGUAUGUGCUGUCUGUUAUCAGUUCCUGUUUCACUUGAAGGAAAAGUCGGUCGAUCCAUAUUUUUCA